CAACCAGAUCGUCGGUCUCUGCUCUCUCGCUCUCGAAUCUCUUUAACUCUGUUCGUCUUCGUCGGCAGCCUAUCUAUUCGUCGGCGACUGCAACCAAUCUCGCUCGUUCGCUGAAGCGGUGUCGUGUUGCUGUUGCGUUCGAAGCAUCGUUCGGGAUGGGGUUUAAACAAAAUAUGCUGAGGGGGUGAGAGUACAGGUACUGGGACAGGGAUGAGAAUGGGGAUGCUAUUACGGGGACAGGGGGGAGGGGUCCCCUAACCAUACCCUCCCCAUUGCCAUCCCCAUAUUUGAUGACCCUUGUUGAUUCCAGAUGCCGGCAAUCCUCUGUGCAACCAGCAAAGUUCAAAUCAUCCAUCAAAAACCUCCCUCCUUAGGUUGGUAGAGAAGUCAUUCAUAGUCAGCAAAGGCCUUAGAUUGUCUUGCAGCUUGCAGAAUGAUAAAGACUUUGGUAUUGCCUCUCAAGACAUCAACUUUGCAUUUUGCAAAUGUUCAAGCGCGUAAACAAUUAAUGGCCAGAGGAGCCAAGAUGGAGCUCUUUAUAACCCAACCAGAUGAUUGGCAUCUUCAUCUCCGUGAUGGUGACCUUCUUGAAGCUGUUAUCCCUCACAGUGCAUUUCAUUUCCGAAGAGGCAUAGUUAUGCCAAAUUUGAAACCUCCUGUUAAGACAACAGCUGCUGCUGUGGCGUAUCGAGAAUCCAUAUUAAAAGCGUUGCCUGCCAAUAGUGAUUUCACUCCUCUUAUGACACUUUACAUGACAGAUACAACAAAUCCUGAGGAGAUCAAACUCGCCAGAGAGAGUGGGUUUGUACAAGCGGUAAAGUUGUACCCUGCUGGUGCCACAACAAAUUCUCAAGAUGGUGUAACUGAUUUAUUUGGCAACUGCCUUCCUGUUCUUGAGGAAAUGGUUAAACAGAAUAUGCCUCUUCUGGUCCAUGGGGAGGUUACUGAUCCUGGUGUUGACAUCUUUGAUCGUGAAAAGGUGUUCAUUGACACUGUUUUAAUACCUUUAAUUCAAAAGCUUCCACAGCUGAAGAUUGUGAUGGAACAUAUUACUACAGCUGAUGCUGCUAGAUUUGUUGAGUCUUGCAAGGCAGGAUUUGUUGCAGCAACAGUCACACCGCAACAUCUUGUUCUCAAUAGGAAUUCUCUUUUUCAAGGAGGACUGCAGCCACACAAUUACUGUCUUCCAGUUCUCAAAAGGGAGACCCACAGACAAGCUAUUGUGUCAGCCGUGACAAGUGGGAGUAAAAGAUUCUUCCUUGGAACAGAUAGUGCUCCUCAUGAGAGACAACGUAAAGAAUGUUCUUGUGGAUGUGCUGGUGUAUACAAUGCUCCUGUCGCCUUAUCACUCUAUGCCAAGGUCUUUGAAGAGGCUGGUGCACUUGACAAGCUAGAGGCAUUCACAAGCUUCAAUGGACCGGACUUCUAUGGACUACCAAGAAACACAUCGAAAAUCAAAUUGAUCAAGAGGCGAUGGAAGGUGCCGGAAUCAUUCUCCUAUGCAUCUGGUGAGAUUAUUCCAAUGUUUGCUGGGGAAACACUUGACUGGAUGCCUUCCCCUGUUUAACCAAAACAUGCAUGUCUCUCGAGACAAGGGAGACAUCUGAUUUUUGCAACUAAGUUUUGUAUUAGAUUCAGAUAUUACCUAUUUGUAUUUUCUUAAUAUUUUAUUCUCUUGCUUUCAUUUCUUUUUGUAUUACCUUAA